AUGCACACCGUGGACAUCGUGGACGUGCGCGUCAACGACAAGGCUGCCAACGGCCAGCUGGACAUGCGUCAAGAAAUUCUCGACGGACUCUCCAAGCCACAGGGCGAGAAGAAUCUGCCCACUCUGCUGCUUUACGAUGAGCGUGGCCUACGCAUCUACGACGAGAUCACCACCGAUGCCGAAGAGUACUACCUGUUUGGCGCGGAAGAGCGUAUCCUCAAGGAACACGCCGAUGAGAUCGUCGGCGUUAUGAACGCGCGUCCGGAUGGUUCGUCGGUGCCCAAUGGCGUCGUUCUGGAGCUCGGUGCUGGGGCCCUUCGCAAGACCUCACACGUCCUCCGCGCACUCGCUCGCGCUGUGCCCGAAAAGCAAGACACCCCGCCCGUAUUUUACUAUGCGCUGGACCUCGAGAAGAAUGAACUUCAGCGUACGCUCGGCGAGCUCGCCGAGAGCGACCUCGGACCAGAGCUCAGUGGCCGCGUUUCCACCAAGGGGAUGUGGGGCACGUACGACGGCGGUCUCAAGUUCGUACAGGAGGGUGGCUUCCGCGGCCGCGGCGCUGCUGACAGCCUCGCUGCUCGCGCUCGUUCGCUCUCGGCCGAGUCGGGCUCGGAUGCGUUGUCGGGCUCCAUCACGUCGCUCUCUCGCGCCUCCGAGGACACGGCGCCCAGCACACCGGGUGCUGCAGCACUCGACGAGCCCAUGCAUGUUAUGUUUCUCGGCUCCUCGCUCGGCAACUUCCCUCGCGGCGCGGACGCUGAGUUCCUACGCUCACUCCCCCUCCGUGCGGGGACGGGUGACACGCUGUUGCUCGGGAUGGAUCAUGGUCGCAACAAGGCGCAGAUCGAGGCGGCCUACAAUGAUCGCCACGGUAUCACCGCGCGAUUCAUCCUGAACGGCCUGAAGGGCGCAGGACGCACGCUCGGAGACGAGGCCCUCUUUGAUGGUGCAUUCGAGUACAGCGCGCGUUACAACGAGGAGCUCCGCAGACACGAGGCGUUCUACCGCUCGCCUCGUAACCAGACUAUUCGUGUCCCUGGAACUGAGCAGGAGCUUACGUUUGCGGAAGGUGAAUUGAUAAGCGUCGAGGUAUCUUGCAAGUACUCUGAAGAAGACGCCUGGAAGGUCUUCUCCGACGCUAAUCUCCGCCCGAUCCAACGAUGGGUCGAUGCCGAGACCGGCUACGCACUCUGGCUGCUGGAGCGUCCGCCAUUCUCCUUCCCGCGCUUCCAGCCCACGGCGCUUAGUUCGUCUCCGUUCGGAUGCCCGUCCUUCCAAGACUUCCAGGACAUGUGGGCGCUGUGGGACUUCGUCACCCGCCGGAUGAUCCCCGACAGCAUGUUACUUCAGAAGCCGAUCGACCUGCGUCACAUCUGUCUAUUCUACACAGGCCAUAUUCCCACAUUCUUGGACAUCCACCUAAGCAAGUUGCUCAAAGAACCUCACACUGAACCUGACGGCUAUAAGUACAUCUUCGAGCGCGGUAUUGAUCCUAUCGUCGACAACCCGGACCAAGUUCACCCUCAUUCGGAGGUGCCAACGAAGGAUGAGGAUUGGCCCAAACUCGUGGACAUCCUCGAAUUCCAGUCUCGUGUACGCGCUCGUCUUCGGGCGUUGUACGACGACAUCGAGUCGGGCAAGCGCCCGUUGACUCGCCGCAUAGCGCGCGUGCUGAUGCUCACGCUCGAGCACGAGGGCUUCCAUGCCGAGACUCUGCUCUACAUGCUUUUGCAACGCGCCGGCACCGGCACUGUCGCGCCCUCUCUCUCAGGCUUCCACCCGCCGCCCUGGAAGUCGUUGGCAGAUUCGUGGGAGACCGCACCGAAGCCGACGACCCCUACCGUGACGCUCGGUCCGGCGGAGGUGUACCUUGGCCACGACGACGCUGAGGCGGCUGACGGCGAGCAGCUGUACGACCGCAAGAGCGAAGUCGGAUGGGACAACGAGCACCCUCGCCGCGCGGUUCAAGUCGGUGCCUUCCGCAUCGAAUGGCGCCCAGUCACGAACGGCGAGUUCUUCGAGUUCUGGCGCAUGCGCAAGGGCGAGAUCGGCAUGCCUAAGUCGUGGGUUGGCAAUCCAGACGACGAGAAGACGAUCUGCGUGCGCACACUCGAGGGUCCAGUCCCGUUCAAGGUCGCCUAUGAAUGGCCCGUGCUUACGGAUUACGUCAGCCUCAGCACGUACGCCAGCGUCAAGGGCGGACGUAUCCCAACUGAACCUGAACUUCGCUUGUUCUAUGAUAAGUUUGAGUGCGGCUUUGAGGGUGGCCGCAACGUUGCGUUCCGCAACUGGCACCCCGUCCCCGCGACCACUGGGGUCGCGGGCGGCGGGAAGGACGGGCGGGGGCACAACGGUGGCGUGUGGGAGUGGACGUCAACAGUAUUUGACAACUAUGAGGGAUUCCAGCCCAUGAGUCUGUACCCUGGGUACUCGACCGACUUCUUCGACGGGCUGCACAAUGCCGUCAUUGGUGGCUCCUACGCGACAGUGCCGCGCCUCUCGGAGCGGCGCUCGCUCGUGAACUACUACCAGCGCAUCUACCCAUACGCUUGGAUCGGCGCGCGUAUUGCGUACGACGCUUGA